AUGCACAGAGAGGAAAAUUCAACUAAGUUUCCAUCAUUUGUACUAGUGAUAUAUGAUGAUGUAGGUGAAAUGAGAUAUGUUUAUUUCACCAUUUUCAUUUUGAUAUAUAUUGCAAUAAUAUUUUCAAAUGCAUCUCUUAUUGGAAUCAUAUGUUUAAGGAGAACUCUGCAUGAGCCUAUGUAUCUUUUUCUGUGCAGUUUAUCAGUUAAUGAUUUAUAUGGUAGUACUGCUUUGUUCCCAUCUAUGUUAAAUCAUCUACUGUCAGACUACCAUACAAUUUCUUAUGCUUCUUGUUUUAUUCAGAUUUUUUGUCUGUAUACAUGUUGUGCAACUGAGCUUUGUAAUUUAGCAGUUAUUUCUUAUGACAGGUAUAUGUCUAUAUGCUAUCCUUUACAGUACUUAAGAUUAAUAACACCUUGUAAAGUGUAUAUUUUAAUUUUACUGACAUGGUUGUAUUCUUUUACCAUAGUCCUCACUACUAUCUCCUUAAGUUUUAGUUUACAACUUUGUGGAAAUGUGAUAGACAGAGUUUAUUGUGACAACUUCCUAGUGGUCAGACAAGCCUGCUCAGAUACAACAGUAAAUAAUAUAUAUGGACUGUUUAUCACAGUUGUGGUUAUAGGUGUAACAUUCAGCCCCAUUUUGUACUCCUAUAUCAGAAUUCUCAAUAUUUGCCUGAGGUCCAGCAAGGAACAAAAACAGAAAGCUCUGAACACUUGUAUCCCACACAUUGCUUCACUGCUCAACUUUUCAGUGGGUAUUCUGUUUGUGGUCAUCCAGGGUAGAUAUGAUUUGCGUCACUUACCUGUUGUUAUUCGCAUAGUCAUCUCAGUGUAUUUCCCAGCAUGUACACCUCUUUUUAAUCCUGUUAUGUAUGGUGUGAGGAUGACCAAAAUCAGAGAGGAAUUUAAAAAAGUCUUCAACUCUAAGAGCUCAGCAUUUAUCAAUAUGGACGUGAGCGGUGGCCACGAUCAAAUCUCACGGCAGGCCUCAGCUCACGUAUGCAAGUUUCUGAGUCGUGGAUUUGCGGUGCAGCAUAGUGGCGAGUUGGAGAAUUGUUAUUAG